GACUCUCCCUGCUGCUUUUCACUCAAGGCUGGAUUUUGCUGCUCCUCUGCCCCAUCUCCCACACGCGCAGGGAAACGGAUUUGGCACCCACAGCACUCUCAGACACCCCAGAAGGGUCCCCACAAUGGCAGCUGGCCUGGAGAAAGCCUGCCACCGGUGCAUUUCGAAAAUCGCCAGCAAUGCAUGCUUUAUUUUUGGGCUCCUCGCUUUCCUUGCCUUACCACUGUCCAUGACUUUUAUAGGAAUGAAGUUUUUGGAAGAUUGCCCAGUUCAGCCACUGAUUCCCUUAUAUCUGUUGGUGGGUGGCGUGAUUGGCAGUUUAAAGGUGACUCUCCUGCUGUAYGACUCAACCAGGAUGAGGCAGCUGCUUUCCAAGUCUGUUGUGAUUGAUGAUGAUGAUGACGACGAGUAUCCCUGGAGGCAGAAUGCUCACAAGUACUACAUCCAUCUAACCCUCAGCCUUUUCCUCUUUCUCUGGUUCAUUCUUGGGAACUACUGGGUUUUUUCUGUGUAUCUGCCAAAUUUCAUCCCACCUUUUCAUCAGCCUCAGGAUUACUGUGACAAAACCCUGUACAUUUUUGCUGUUGGUGUUCUCAUUAUUAGCCACACUGYUCUGUUUCUCCUUAUUUUUUGUAGCUGCUGCAUAUACUGUUUUUCCAGGCAAAGAUUCUCUUCUGAGGAAGACUAAAUGCUAUAUAAAUAAAUCCCCAGAUGUUUGGGAAAGCAUGUACAACAAAGAACAGGCAAUAAUUCAUCCUUGUGUAUGUCUUUGUUGUAUAAUACAUAUAUGUGAUAGCAGUCAACUUCAAAAGGAAAUUAUAAAAUACAGUGCCAUGUGGAAACAGCUAUGCUGGAACACAGCACGAUCUAUGUAAAAAUGCUGCUGUAGGUGCCAGGGUGUACUCCUGCUAACUUUUACAUCCCUUUUUUAACUUUGGAUGUUUCAUCAGGAGCAAGUUCUUGCAGGUGGCAAACUCCUCUAAAACCAAGUGUCCCUUAUGUUGUAUAUAGCACAGUACAUCUUUGCCUAUAAAAGUAGUCAUGUUGUCCUCUUCAUUGGGAUCUGAACAUCUCCCCAUAGUCUUGCAGAGGUUUGUUAGUGU